UCUUCAAAGAUAAUCAUCACACACGUAGUUCUGGCCUUACUGGUUCUAAGACCAGUAUUAAUUUAGACAGUGACUAUCCGGAUUUGUAUUGUUUUUUAUUGUUUUCUACUCAGCAGCUCAUGCAAGGUUGCAGCAACACCUACAUUAAGGUUUUAAUUAUCAGACAAUCAUCACUGACUGGCUUCUGCCUGCUGUUCAGAUGUUGGGAGACAAGGCUCACGGUGUGACUUUGAAGGUUAUGGAAUACACAUAUGAUGAUGACCUGGAAGAGCUGUGUCCUGUGUGUGGAGACAAAGUGUCUGGAUACCACUACGGUCUACUCACCUGCGAGAGCUGCAAGGGCUUCUUCAAGAGGACAGUGCAGAACAAUAAGAGGUAUACAUGUGCGGAAAACCAAGAGUGUAAAAUAGACAAGACCCAGAGGAAGAGAUGUCCUUUCUGUCGCUUCCAAAAAUGCCUCAACGUCGGGAUGCGGUUAGAAGCGGUGCGUGCAGACCGCAUGCGUGGGGGGAGGAAUAAAUUUGGCCCCAUGUAUAAGAGAGACAGGGCCUUGAAGCAGCAGAAGAAGGCUUUGAUACGAUCCAACGGCUUCAAGCUGGAGAGCGCAGCUCCUCCAUCAGCCUCUCCACUGCAGACUGACUACGGCUUCACCGGCACCCUGCACACCCUGCCCACAAUCUCCAAAAGUCUGGUCCCCUCCACCCCGGGCUCCAUAACCCCUACAGACUACGAGGCUAACCUCUAUGGACCCCCACCCCUGGGCAUGGCCAUGCAGUCCCAUGUGCCCCUCACCACCCAGUACCAGUACACAGCCUUCCCUGGCAGGGCAAUUAAAGCCGAAUGUCCUGAUUACACCAGCUCUCCUGAGUCUAUGACAGGAUACCCAUACCCAGACAUGUACCCCUCAGCCUCCCCACAGCCGCCCAGCCUGCCGCCACUGGUGCUGGAGCUGCUGCGCUGUGAUCAAGAUGAACUGGUGGUGCAGAAUAAGAUUGUUGCUCAUCUGCAGCAGGAGCAGGGCGGCCGGGGCCGGCUGGACAAGCCCAGUACCUUCAGCCUAAUGUGUCGCAUGGCAGACCAGACUCUCUUCUCCAUAGUGGAGUGGGCUCGGAGCUGCAUCUUCUUCAAGGAGCUCAGGGUGGGAGACCAAAUGAAGCUGCUCCAUAACUGCUGGUCUGAACUUCUGGUCCUGGAUCACAUUUUCAGACAAGUACAACAUGGAAAGGAAGACAGUAUACUGCUGGUGACCGGCCAGGAGGUUGAGUUGUCGUCCAUCCUUUCCCAAGCUGAGGCGACUCUGUCGAGUCUGGUCCAGAGAGGUCAGGAGCUGGCGGUUAGGUUGCGGGCGCUGCAGGUCGACCGCAGAGAGAUUGCCUGUCUGAAAUUCCUCCUCUUGUUCAACCCCAAUGUGAAGCUGCUGGAGAAUCAGGCAUUUGUGGAGGGCGUCCAGGAGCAGGUGAAUGGGGCUCUGCUGGAGUACACCUUGUCCACCUACCCUCAGUUCCAGGAGAAGUUCAGCCAGCUGGUGGUACGGCUGCCAGAGCUGCGCUCCCUCAGCACGCAGGCUGAGGACUACCUGUGCUACAUGCACCUUAGCGGAGAGGUGCCCUGCAACAACUUGCUCAUUGAGAUGCUGCAUGCCAAACGGGCCUGUGUGUGAAGGAUGUACGCAGGAUGCUCCACCUCAUGUGUUUUUUGUCUAGGUGAGACUGUGUGUGUGAGGGAAAGUGUGAGUGAGAUGAAAAAAUCAAAUGAAGAUACACAGGUUCAUACUGGGUCAUCUUUGGGAGGGUUUUUGUUGGAGUUGGAGAGGAGAAAAUAUUCUUUUGAGUUUGGAAUUAUAAAGCUCCAUCUGUACCCAAGGUAGUUUUGACAUUUUGAAUGUUAAUGUUUUCAUAUCCUAGAGAGCUCCACUAAUUUGAUCUUUAAAAAACGGAUUUUCUUCCCUGUUUUCAAAAUUCUAAAAUUAGAUUUCCCUGUACAGUUACAUUAACUUCUUUGACUAAAUAUCACAUUAAUCCAAAGUCACCAACAAGUUAUUCUAUGUCUCAGCGAGCUGCCCAGCAAACAUUUAGAGGAAAAGGCUCCAGCCUGCACCAGUGCUAAACAGCCAUUUAAACACAGUGUCAAGAUGAAAAUUGAGUUGUCUAUCCAUAGCUCCUACCUGCAUCAUAUUUUGAGAUCCACAAUUAAAUAUCUUUCUGAUAUCACUGCAAAACAGUUUCCAGUGACACUUUUGAUAGGAAUUUUUAUAGUGAAAUCUGGUGCCGAGAGGGCGGAUGUUGAACUGUCACAUUACAGGAUGGGACUAUUUGCAUGGAAACAUAUGUUGAAUGGUUGCUUGUUGAGCUAACGUGCACUUUUUAAGAAAGAUUUUGUAGCAUCUUUUCAGAUGUCAAAUUUUAGACUCAAAAUGAAUAAUUUUUGUUCCAAUUGUCAGAUGCAACUUUAUGAUUCCAAGAUCAGUAACACUGUUCCUAGAUUAGUAUUAUUAUUUUAGAUGAAGACAGACUUCAGGGUAACACAACACACUGUGGUCUUGUCAGACUAGACUAACACUGCUCAUAUCACUGCAUUAUUUCUUUCAGUUACUAAUCUUAAACUCUAUCGGGUUCAGUAUAGUUUUAAUCAAUUUAGAUGUUAAUAUAUUGGUAUAUCAAAACCAGACAUGUCAAGAAAAAACACUCCUAUUGAGUUAUUCAUCAAACUCUCACCAAGAAAAUUGAAAAUGAAAGGGAGAGAGAUAAAUAUAAGAAAAAGAGAGGGACAGACAAAAAAAGGGAAGGUAAAAAGCAAAUGAGAAAGAGAGAAAAAAUUUAUUUUUUCACCCACAAAGCAUCGUGCACACUGUGCUUUGUGGGUGAAAAAAUAAAAUUAAGUCAGAGCAGGGAGAGGUGGGAAAAAGACACAUCAAUGUGCACAUGGUGAGGAAGAGAUGAAUGAAAUUACAGCAUUUUUCUUAAACAGUAAACAACUGAAAUCAAAAGGAAGCAUCUAUAAGUGUUUACCCUUCAGUUUUCACCGUGGAGACAAAGACGACACAGUGGGGGAAAAAAAAAAUUCGACCCUUGAAAAAUAAAGCUGCCAUGUUCACACUCACAUUUGUGUCACUUUUCAAAAUACUGCGCUGUAUGUGGACGAAGGAUCGACUGAUCUGAGGUUGCAAAGGCUGAUUCUGAUAUUUUUUGCACUGAAGCUGCUGCAGAGAUGGAUGUCAGUACACAAAAUGAAAAUGAUUACAUUUUCCAAACUUAUACUUUCUGUAAAUAAUGUUAAAAAAGUUCAUGCUUAAUAUUUUCUUAUUAUCAAAAAAUCCCAGGAACUGAUUUCUCUACCCUGUCUAUGGCUCUCAGCCCCACUGGUUCCUGCUGAGGGCAUAAAUCAUUAAAAACAAGUCAUUAAUAUAUACUUUCAUUUUAAAAAGGCUGAGUAAUUUUUUCUAAAACAGCUGGACUAGUUUUUAUCGAAAGUCACUCAAACAGGGGGAAAAAGUGCAUUUGUUGGGGAAAUUUUCAAUUUCAAUUUUCAAUUUUUGUAUUCUAGUGAAUAUUAACAGCAGCAGGACAGUGAAUGUUAGCGUGUUAAUGAAUUUACCAUUUUGUUCAACCUUUUCUCCAAAUAUUUGGGUUUGUACAAAGCACAGAAUGUAGACAUGGGAAACCAGGGUUUGCAUCCUGAGUCCCAUGUGUGGUUAGCUUUAGGCUAUUAAAACUAUUUUGUAAAGUUCAGGAUUUUGGUUAAAUAUUGAAAAGGUCAACACAUUCCUUCUCAUGCUUAAAGACUUUGACUUUCUCAAUAUUUAGCCCAGACCAUGAUCUUUCCCUUACCUUAACCAAGGGCUGUGAGUUGCUUAAACAGAACCACAGAGGCAUUAAUCUUGUGUUAGUUAACACAAGCAAAUAUUUUAGGAUAACAAAUAAGAUACAUUGACAGUGUUUUGCAGAUAUGUUUAGUAUGAACAUUUUGGGACUUUACAAAUAUGUUUAUUUAAAAAUGGUUCCUUCUUAUGUUAAUAAAAACCAUAAUUCGGAUGGUAUUUAAUUUCUCUUAAAAUGUAUCAGCUGUUGCAAAUUAGUAUAAAGAUGCUGGAUGCUCAGUAGUGAGUGAAGUAUCUUUCCUGCCAAAUUAAUUUUUAUUUGCCAUUGAAGCUGCGGUAACGUUUGCUAGGAGCAGUAAAUUUAUGUAGAAAUCUGUCAAUUUUUGCUAUUUCUGUAAGUUGACUUACAGCAACUUGUACCAUUGAUCCGAUCUCAUCCACACUUAUCGCCUUGUUUGUGGAUGUUUCUCUGUCGCUAUUUUUCAUGGAUGUGGCUAGGUAGCUAGCGAGCUAUGUAGGAAGAUGAUGUCUCAAAUUUUAAACCUGCCUGAAGAGCUCUGAUUGGUGAUUGAUUGAUUGCUUCUUAAACUGGCACAAACAGUUGUCAAUGAGCACAACACCAGAGCUAUUUGAUUUACUCUAAAACUGAGAGAUGGGUGCUAUGAUUCAGAGGUCUGGAUCUAUUCUAGGUGACAGUACACAUAAUGAGCUUUUUUUAAAAUUUUGUUAACUUAUGUCCCCUAUGAAAUUUUUUUAGUUUUUAUCAAUAAAUAAAUUAACAAGUUAGUGUUUAAUCCAAAAUGUUGUUCUUGUCAUGGUGAUGAGUGUAACCAUCAUUGGUCACUGAAACUCUACAAUGAUAGGAAAAGUAACUGACAUAUUUCACACAUUGUAUACAUUUUAAACAAUGUAUCUUAUUAGACAACAGUUGGACAACAUCACAGGCCUUAUUAGCCCUACACACGAUCAAAAACCUGAGCUAUGGGUCUAAAACACUGUACUGUAUAUUUAUAGCAGUCAGUAUUUAUCUAUGGCAAUUACUGUGUUGAAAAGUAGCACUAAUGUAUUUUGUCCAAACUGGACUCGCAUUUGUAUUAAAACCCUUUGUGAAAGCACAAUUCUCAGCGAUGAUGGCAAUGUAACAGAUAUUCACUGUCACUGUCACCAGGACCAACUAAUAAACAGAAAUACAGUUAGAGCAGUGUUUGUAAUAUUGUGCAGCUAUACUUCCUCACUGUGGACAUUUAAAAUCAGUCCUUGCUCGUCCAUUGCCAUGGCCAUGUCAAGGUAUCAUAGACAAUCACUCCACCUGCCUUAACUUAAUGCCCCCCACCCAGUUUUUGGUUUUCCAGUUGAGACAGCUGUGUGUUAUCACUCUGUACAGUAUAUUUAUGUUGUGAAGUGAAUAUCUACUGCAAGAUGAAGAUACAUUUCAGCACCGAAAAAGUUCUCCGCUUUAUGUUGAGGUCAAAUCGCUACUGUCGUGGAACUGAUUAUCUUGAUAUUGCCUUUGUUUUUGCUCACUUUUUUCUUUCUGUGAGUUGACAGUCUGUCCCGUCUUAAACUGAAGUGCUUUUCUCCAAAAAGAGAAAGUGACCACAACAUUUUGUUUUCUUUAAAUAUAUUUUAUUGUAAUAGCAUCAAACCAAUAAAAUUCAAUGAAGUAAA